CCUCAUGAUUAGUUCGAUGCCUGUGCAACUUUUAACUUGGCUUCUUGCGAGUCCUUCGAACGAAAGAGAGGAGGGAUGAGUUCUCCGCCGCAUCGCUCUCCCGACGGCGGCGGCGGCGACAGACCCAGAUUCUUCGACUCCAAGGCCAAGAGCCUCUGCUGGGCAAAGGCUGAUGUUGUGCCCGGCCGUCAUCCAGACAGGUGGCGCAAAGACGCCGCCGGCAACAUUUUGUGCAAGCGCCUCUUCAACUGUCAAGGCUGUCUCUGCUUCGAAUACGAUCACAUCAUUCCCUUUUCCAAAGGUGGUGAAUCCACAGCAGAUAAUUGUCAGAUACUACAGACUAGAGUGAACAGAUUCAAGUCAAACAGGGAUCAGGUUGACCAAGAUUGGUUGAAGGGCUAUUCAUGUGACAUUAAUUUUUCUGUUUCAGAACAAUUGGCAGAUAAGGAGCUGGAUGUAAUAGAGAUGGCUGUUUAUGGGGACGUGAUUAGGCCAGGAAAUCAGUGUCGUUGCAGAACGGUAGCUGAAGUGCUUGGCAAAUACAAAUCUAAAGACACUACAGCUGCGUGUAAGCUGCCACAGGCAGGGGAAUGAAUCUCCAACAGACAGAAAAUCCUAGUGGGACCCACGCGGCAGAUUGUUGAGAUUAAAUUCUGACCAUUUUUUUGGAAGAACAGGUCCUUGAGGACUGAUAUCCAGACACUUCUUUAAGGGCAUUGCUAUAAGCUGUUAUCUUCUGCUUCUGUGAACGGGACAUUAACCUAAUUUCGGUGUUCCUAAUCUCCUGUUUGGUAUAUCGCAACUUGGUUCUUGAAAAUCAUGAAACACGUAAGAUUUCGAUAUUUGACAAUAGCAAUGGUUAUAGCUUCUUAAAUGUCUUCGGUCAACGUACCGUUCUACUGAUGGGGAAGAUGCAUAGUCAUAGUCGUCAACAAGAGGCUUGGCCGAGAAAGAGGUGAGGUGUGAUGGCAAGGGUCUUCCACUGAAUCUCCGACAAUGCUGUAGUUGGGUCUUCAUGCAUGACCCAGAGUCUAAAAAAUAAGUUAUAUUAUUGAUAAAUAGAAAAUAACAUGAUUCAAAAUUCAUGUAAACUGAAUUUAUGUAAGAUUUGACGGAGUUUUAAAUUGAUUGUAUGACAUAAAACAACUCUUUCUUUAUCCGGAUUUGUGAUCGGAUGUAAACUGAAUGAAAGUGGGAUAAUUCUGGUUGUUAUUGAAUGGUUAGUAGACCACCUUAGUGAA